GCCACGGCCGCGCUGGCGCAUGCGCCCUGCAGAUCGCUUGCCGCACACGUCUCCACGGAGGGGAGUGUUGCAGAGCCUUUUCGUUCUGACCCGAGGAGCCCUGCCUGAGAGCCUUUGGCAGAAAUGUCUAAUGCAAAAGAAAGAAAACAUGCUAAGAAAAUGAGAAAUCAGCCCACCAACGUGACUUUAUCCUCUGGCUUCAUGGCGGAUAGAGGCACAAAGCACUAUAAUGGAGGUGGGAAAUCUUUCCAAGCUCAAAAACAGGAGCUUCUUCCUGGAACUUCACGACCGCGGCAUACCAAAAUGAUCCACCAUUCCCCAGUUGAUCCUGAUGUGAAUGAACAGUCUUCCUCCAAAAUAAUGUUUAAAAAAAAGGGAGGAUGGAAAGCAGGUCUUGAGGGCACCUCUCAGGAGAUUCCCAAGUAUAUAACUGCUUCUACUUUUGCUCAAGCCCGAGCUGCUGAAAUCAGUGCUAUGUUGAAAGCAGUGACCCAGAAAUCUUCUAAUUCACUGGUUUUCCAGACGCUGCCCCGGCACAUGAGACGGAGAGCCAUGAGCCACAAUGUCAAACGCCUUCCCAGGCGGUUGCAGGAAAUCGCCCAGAAAGAGGCAGAGAAAGCAGUGCACCAGAAAAAAGAACAUUCAAAAAAUAAAUGCCAUAAAGCUCGAAGAUGUCACAAAAACCGGGUGCUAGAAUUUAACCGUAGACAAAAGAAGAACAUAUGGUUAGAGACUCACAUCUGGCACGCCAAACGGUUUCACAUGGUCAAGAAGUGGGGCUACUGUCUCGGGGAGAGGCCGACAGUCAAGAGCCACAGAGCCUGCUACCGAGCCAUGACAAACCGUUGCCUUCUCCAGGAUCUAUCCUACUACUGUUGUUUGGAGCUGAAGGGCAAAGAGGAAGAAAUACUGAAGGCACUUUCUCCAAUGUGUAGCAUAGACACAGGACUGACUUUCGCAGCAGUUUACUACUUGUCUGGAAAACGCCAAGGUAGUGUCAUACUUUACCGGGCAAAUAAAUACCCUAGAGAGAUGCUGGGGCCUGUUACGUUUAUUUGGAAGCCUGAGUGGACCCCUGGUCACACUUAUGAGAGCAGGCAGUUAUGGAUCUGGCUUCAUCCAACUCUGAAACAGGAUAUUUUAGAGGAAAUAAAAGCAGCGUGCCAGUGUAUGGAACCCAUCAAAUCAACUGUUUGUACCCCGGAGCCCCUGCUGACACCAUCGCAGGAAAAAAGCCAAACGGAACUACCUGAUGAGAGAAUUGGCAAGAAAAGAAAACGGAAAGAUGAUGGAGAAAAUGCUAAACCAGUUAAAAAAGUCAUCGGUGACGGAACUAGAGAUCCACAUCAACCAUAUUCUUGGGUCUCUCCAGCCACAGGCAUUAUAAUCAGUGAUUUGACGAUGGAGAUGAACAGGCUCCGGUUGAUCGGUCCACUUUCCCACUCCAUCCUAACUGAGGCACUAAAAGCUGCUUCUGUCCAUACCGAGGGAGAGGACACAGAGAAGACACCUCACCAUUGGUGGAUUGAAACCUGUAAGAAUCCUGAUAGCGUUUCCCUUCAUCACAAACAAGAAGCCAUUUUUGAAUUGUUGGGAGGAAUAACAUCACCAGCAGAAAUUCCAGCCGGUACUAUUUUGGGACUGACAGUUGGGGAUCCUCGAAUAAAUUUGCCUCAAAAGAGGUCCAGAGUUUUGCCCAACCCAGAAAAAUGCCAAGAUAAUGAGAAAGUUAGACAGCUGCUUCUGGAGGGUGUGCCUGUGGACUGUGCGCAUAGCUUUAUUUGGAACCAAGCUAUCUGUAAGAAUGUCACAGAGAAUAAAAUCUCGGAUCAGGAUUUAAACCGGAAGAGAAGUGAAUUGUUGGUGCCCGGGUCACAGCUUGUUUUAGGUCCCCGUGAAUCCAAGAUACCUAUACUUUUGAUUCAACAGCCAGGAAGGGUGACUGGUGACGACCGACGAGGCUGGGGAAGUGGCUGGGAUGUCCUGCUCCCAAAGGGCUGGGGCAUGGCUUUCUGGAUUCCAUUUGUCUAUCGAGGUGCAAGAGUUGGUGGGUUAAAAGAGGCUGUGGUGCAUUCUCAGUAUAAAAGAUCGCCUGACGUCCCUGGUGAUUUCCCAGACUGCCCUGCUGGGGUUCUUUUUGCUGAAGAGCAAGCCAAGGGUCUCCUUGAAAAGUACAAAAGGCGCCCUCCUGCAAAACGGCCCAACUAUGUUAAGCUUGGCACUCUGGCACCUUUCUGCUAUCCCUGGGAGCAGUUAACUCAAGAGUGGGAAUCAAGAGUCCGGGCCCAAGAGAAAUCACCUGUAGCUUCCUCUCCACAUGGCGAGGAGAGUAACUUGAAAAGAGAGAAGGUGCCUUGUACCCCCACGCCUGAAAAAUCCGAUCAGCUGUCUGAUGAAGUGGGCAUGUCUCUGAGCAGCCCCAGCGAGCCCAGAGAAGUGAUGGACACAGAGCGUCCAGCCCAGAUGGGGACUGAGUGGGUAACAGGACCAGCUGCCACCAGCAGUCUCCUCUGCGUUCUUAGGAGUAGAAAAUCACUGAAGCAGCUGUCAGCCUGGUGUGGGCCCAGUUCUGGACCCCGUUGGGCAGCCCAGCGAGCUCCCAGCAGCGGGCAGCAAGCAUUGACCAGAGAGGCCUGCCUGUCCAUCUUGGACCGUUUCCCCAGGGCCCUGGUAUGGGUCAGCCUGUCCCUGCUGGGGAAGGGCAGCCCCGAGCCGCACACCAUGAUCUGUGUUCCAGCCAAGGAGGAUUUCCUCCAGCUCAGUCAGGAUCGGCUGUACUGUGGGCCCCACGAAUCCAAGCACAGUGACCCAUUCAAGAGCAAGAUCCGGAAACAGAAAGAGAAGAAGAAAAUAGAGAAGAGGCAGAACCGAGGGUGCACUGUGUCUGAGGGUCCUGCCGGGGCAUACUCUGCGGCUGGGCACCACGCUCUGACCCUGGGCUUGUGGUCAGGCCCUCUCCCGGAUGUGACUUCUCAUUGCUCCAGAGUUCUCCUUGGCUUUGUCACCCAGGGAGAUUUCUCCAUGGCUGUGGGCUGUGGAGAAGCCCUGGGGUUUGUUAGCUUGACGGGUCUGCUGGAUAUGCUGUCCGGCCAGCCAGCCGCAGAGAGGGGCCUAGUGUUGCUGAGGGCCCCUGCCUCUUUGCAGUAUCGGUUUGCGAGAAUUGCCGUGGAGGUGUGAAUGCUGGUUUACGUCCUUGCAGGGCGUAAGUGUUAACUGUUUGCCAAGUCCCACCACUGGAGAGCUUUGUUUUUGCCAUGUUCUGUUUUAAAAUACCACGUGAAAUGCCUUGGAGACCAGAAUAAAAGAAUUCUGUAUUAUGCAUGUGAUGAAAUACUGACAUCAUUUCAUUAUUCCAAGAUCAUUGGUCUCCAUCUUUCCCUGCCCUUGCUCAACACUUUAAAAUUAUUUGCCACAUAGCUUUUUAUAUUUUGGUUUCUUGGUCUGCGUAAUUCUUGCUGAAAAUAAUCAGAAGCUCUCCCGUUUUCUUGUUCCUUUUUUAUAAGGAACAAAGGGCUGUCAAGCCUGUUUGAAAAGCCUUAUAGAUGUGUGAUAAGUAACAGUGGUUGUUUAAUGACUUGAUUGCUGCAGAAGAGGAAAAGGCUCUAAACAUCUGGCCUCUGUGCAUGAAAUUGGGUUCCCCGUCUGGACCAUGUUCAAUUCCAUACCGGAACCCACAUGCCUAAUGCUUUACACCAUGCAGACGGAAAUUGUGGAAAAUUUAUUGCUGCCCAUUUUCAGGCAGGCUCGGUGUAUGGCAGAGGUGUUGGGGUGGAAUCUGAAUGGGGUGCUGAUCUUUAGGACCGUUUGUCCUCUUUGCUGUUGAACAACGCAUGAUUCUAGGAGUUUCUGGAUUUUUCUGUGCUUUUUGUUUUUGCAAAGAAUUUCUCAAAAACACCGUAGAGGAUGGUUCUCAAAAUAUGUUCUAUGAAAUGUGUUAUCUAAAAAAAAAAAAAAAAAGAUUCCAAGGUCAGAUUGAUUUGGGAAACUGGAUUAAACCCAGUUAAGCAAUUUCUUUUUAAAGGAUUUCUAGAACCUUCCAUGUGAUAAUGCACAUUGUGCCUCUCCAGGAAGUGGAUAACAGCUUACAGUAUUUUCUAAAUCUCUUUGAUGCCAAACUUCGUUUUGCAAGGAGCACUUUGUAGGACCAGUGUUUUUAGGAACACACUUUGGGGAAUGUGGCUGUAUACUGCAGCACUCUGCAAGGUAAUGACUUUUCUUUUUAAUGUUUAUUUAUUUUUGUGAGAGAGACAGAGUGCAAGUGGGGGAGGGGCAGAGAGAGAGGCAGACACAGAAUUUGAAGCGGGCUCCAAGCUCCGAGCUGCCAGCACAGAGCCCGACGUGGGGCUCGAACCCACAAACCAUGAGAUCGUGACCUGAGCUGAAGUUGGAUGCUUAACUGACUGAGCUACCCAGGCGUCCCUGCAAGGUGAUGAUUAAAAUAACAAGCUGCUUUUAGACACUCAUGCAGUCAUGAUGUCCACCUGACGUUUGAGCAGGGUGUGAAGGUCUCAUCUUCUCCCACAGGAAGAGUAGAGUCAUUGGUUUUUUCACUUGUGGAGAAAGUAGGUGCUCAUUCACUUUUAGUAUCCACGUGUAUGUCACACCGUCAGACCCUUGUCUUCCGAGCACACAUUUCUAGCAGAGUUUGAGUGUGGUUUGUUUUUUUAACUUAACUGUACAGUUAAGCAUUAUUUCAUGUAAAUGCAUUGGGUUUUUGCAGUAGCAUUUGGUAUAAAUGCCUUUGGGGGUGGCAAGUUGGGGAGAGAGCAAGUGUUACAGUAGCUAAUGAAAUGUCUUAUGUUUCUCCUCUCGCCAUGCCUCUGGAUGUAUUUGUAUCCAACCCAAAUGAGACUGAAAAAAAUAGUGUAACUUAGGGGUGUCUGUAAACAGAAUAAAUUAAAGUGUCACCUGA